UAAACUAACUCGUAGGUUCGAGUUACUCAUUUAUGUGAACCAUUUUUGUUCAAACCUCUCGAAUCCACUUGAAUGUCAAUUAUAUUUUUUACUAAACAAAUUAUAUUUCAUUUAUUUUUCUAAAUUAAUGUGAAUUAAAGGUAAUUUUUUUUAUAUACGAAAAGCUAAAUCAUGUCCAUGUUUAAUAGUAUCUUUAGGCCUUGGGAUCAAUCAUCAUCUUCAUCCUCAUCCUCAUCAUCUGCAUCUUCAUCACCUUCAUCAUCAUUAUCUUCCUCAUUAACCUCAUUGUCUUUGUCAACAACAUCUCUACCUUCAACUAUAUCAACACUUUAUCCAUCACUUAAUCAAAUUUAUCAUGAUUACUUAAGUGUCUCAUCACCAAUUAAAUCAUCAGCUAAUCAUUAUCAUCAUAAUCCGUUGUCUUCAUCUUCAUCAACCUCUUCAUCCUCAUCAAUAUCACCCUCAGUGAAUAAGAAACAGCGACCGAAAAAGUUUAAAUGUCCACAUUGUCAGGUCUCAUUUUCUAAUAACGGUCAACUCAAAGGUCACAUCAGGAUACACACAGGUGAACGUCCGUUUAUCUGUGACCACGAAAAUUGUGGUAAAACUUUCACUCGAAAUGAGGAGUUAACCCGACACAAGCGAAUCCAUUCUGGCCUUCGACCUUUCUCAUGUUCGAUAUGUUCAAAAAGGUUCGGUCGUAAAGAUCAUCUGAAAAAACACGUUAAAACCCAUGAGACCAAAUACUCGUGUCCACCCUCAAUGCCCAUUCCAUUAGCCGCUGCCCUUGGAUACACUGGUCAAGCGUUCAUCCCCGCCGCCGCGGCCACAACACUACUCAACACUUAUCACAAUCAUCACCAUCACAAUUACGGUUCUCAAUGGUUCCAAUACAUUUGAACAACAAAUUAUAUCAUAAAUUAUAUUUAUCUAAAUGAAUAUU